AUGGCAAACAGAAUCCCUCCAGAACUCUGGUCACAUAUCUUCGACAUCGCCGCAGAUGAAGACGUCAUUUUCUUCCCGGGCCUCCCAACAAAGAUGUCUCAGUCCUCUUGGUACAAGCACGUCGCUGGCCGCUGGAAGCUGCGUACGCCCCAAGACGCUAUCAACAUUAUACAACGUCGGUCGUACUUCACCAAGAAGUCUAUAAUCCGGACAUGCAAGAGCUGGCACCGUCUCGGCGUCGAGUUUCUCGUUCGCUGCCUCUUCUUCGACAACCCCCGCAAGCUAAGCAACCUCCGCUCCAUCCUCGCCCGCGAUCCUAAACUCGGAUGGUGGACUCGCCGCCUGCACGUCACACGCUUCAGCGCCGGCGCGGGCCGCGGCGGCUCCGCGAGCGGCAUGGACGCCUUCGAGGAGCCCUUGAUCGAUAUCAUCGCCCGUUGCCCCAACAUCGAGAUCUUCGUCGUCGACCUGCCCAUGUCCCACUCCUUCGGUCCCAUCGCGGACACGCUGGGCAAUUUCUGCCACAAGCUCCGCACGGUGCACUGGCACGUUCCGCUCGCACAGCUGCCCAAGGUCAUCUGGGCGCUCGAGAGCCUGCCCCAGCUCAUCUCAGUCCACCUCGACUUUGAUGGUUCCGAGAUCCUCGCACUAACGCGCGCCAACAACGGCCAAAGCCGCGGGCGCAGUGGUGAGAGCAGUCCCGCGCGUAGCAUGCUCAGCCCGGGCAACGAGCUCGUUCCACUCGGCGCAGCGCAGGAUAUUGGACUCACAUUGCCGAGCCUGCAGCAGCUCUCGCUCUCCGGGCACUGCCAGGCCUUCCUUGAGCAGGCCGCGGGCUGGUCUCUGCCCAUGCUCAGGAGCUUCUCGUUCGACUUCAAGCUCCACUCCGAGGACGUCCCUGACGUGACCGUCUUCCUCCAGGCGCACGGCUCCGACCUCCUGUUCCUCGACCUCAACUGCAUACCCUCGCUCGAUGUGCGCACGAUCCUCGAUCUGUGUCCACAGCUGCACACGUUUGGGUUCAACCCCGACUGGAAGAUCUCCUCGAAUCCAAACCCCACUGUAGACGAUGAGGAAGAUGAGGAAGACGACGAAGACGACGACCCCACCCUCCCCGCCGCGCUCACACGCCGCCCACACCCGAACAUCACCAACAUCGGCCUGCACGGGCUCAUGUACGCCUUCGGCGUCGGCGUCGCCGCCGCGUUCGCCUCGCGCGACCCGCUGGGGUCCAUGCUCACGCAGCGCGCCAACGACCGCAACUUCUCGGCGCUGACCAAGGCAAACUUCCCGAAGCUCCAGCUCAUACGCGUGCUCAGCACGAGCGUGCUCGAGGACCUCGAGCGCGCGGACGGGCCUGGCGAAAGAGGGGGAUAUGAGAGAUGGGAAAAGUGGUGGGAUAAGUGUUCGAGGAUGGGUGUGAAGCUCGAGGACUGUACGGGCGCUCCGCUGGGGACGCUGCCGCAGGACCCUCAGCAGACGCAUCCGGGGAGGGAGACGAGCGAGGAUCUCGCAUCGGACGAGGAGUGGGAGUAUGAGGAUUAUGAGGAGUAUGAGGAAGAGGGCGGCGGUGCGCCCGCACAGGGCUCCGACAAAGUCGGUAUCGAGGAGCUACGUGAGUUGCUCGAGGAGUGCAGGCAGCUCUGGGAGGAAAAAGACGACCCGCCGGUGUUCGGACCGAUGGUGCUGAUCAAUGGGCAGCAGGGACCUGCACCAUUUCGGUGACAUAACGUAUGGCAUGAGUUCACGAUUAUACUAUGAUCUUAUUCUUCUGAUCACUUCUCGGCGCUUU